CCGCGGGGGGGAGGCCGCGGCGGGCUGUGACCGCUGCGCAGCCGCCGGGCGGUUUUGCGGUCGGGCGGCGUUCGGGUCGCCCAUGCGAGGCCCCCGCUGCCGCCGAUGGCGGAAGUGCCUCGCGAGGGAGCGGCGAUGGGAAGGGGCAGGGGGAGGCGGUAGCGCCAGCGGUAGCGGUGCGGGAGGCGGCUCCCAGCCAUGGCGGGCCGCGGCUCCGGAUCCUCGGAGCACCUGGAGCGGCUGCACGAGAUCUUCCGGGGGUUGCACGGAGACCUGCGGGGUGUCCCCGAGCGGCUGCGGGGCAGCGCGGCCGAGGAGAAGAAAAAACUAGUUCGAGAGUUUGAUGAGAAACAGCGUGAAGCAAAUGAAACGCUGCGGGAGAUGGAGGAAGAGCUGAAGUUUGCUCCUCUGCCGUUCCGCAACCAAAUGAUGAGCAAAAUCCGGGCGUACAGGAGAGACCUCUCCACGUUCCAGAGAGAGAUGAGAAGCACAGAUUUGGGACUGGGCCCUGGAGGUCAAGGCGAUAUGAGAUACGGAAUCUUCUCCACAGAAAAUGAGCAGAGUACUAAUCUGCAGUCACAGAGAGUGCUGCUGCUCCAGGGAACAGACAGCCUGAACCGAGCCAGUCAGAGCAUUGAGCGCUCACACCGAAUUGCUGCUGAAACAGAUCAGAUCGGCACUGAUAUAAUUGAAGAACUCGGGGAGCAGCGGGAGCAACUGGAACGCACCAGGAGCAGAUUGGUGAAUACAAGUGAGAACUUGAGCAAGAGCCGCAAGAUUCUACGUUCCAUGUCCAGGAGAAUAACCACUAAUAAGUUGUUGCUGUCCAUCAUCAUCAUCCUGGAGCUGGCCAUCCUAGGUGGGCUGGUCUACUACAAGUUCUUUCGCAGCAGAUGAAUCUUCAUGACUGAGAUGAGCUCUUCCCCCAUUGAGGAACCAGCUGGGCUGUCUGUUCCCUUUGACUGUCUGAGGACUGAACUGUCUCAUGAGACAGCUUAUCCAACUGAAACUGUACUGACACUAGAAAGGCAGAGAAUGGGAGUAAAAGGCAGAGACAGACUUGAACUACUGGUAAGACUAAUAAGAAGGUAAUAAAUAUUUUAUUGUCUCAAUUUGUAUAUACUUAACUAAAUGAAUAAAUCUUGGUAUGUAAUAAAGUAGCCACCGACCAGUGGAAAAGCUAGUUUAUUUAAAAAUUGAGAAGUUAACAGUAUUUGCCAAGUGUUGACAAUCUAUCCACUCGAGUGCCUCAGCAGAGCUCUGUAAUGUCCACUGUACCCAACACUUUGGGUUCUUAAAUCCUCACUUGCUCUUCACUGUCAGAUUCAUCUGGAGAACUGGGUGUUGGGAGUUCAUCAAAAGCAGUGUGUGCUCCUUCCCUUGUCUGCCCAAAGCACGUUGCUAUCACAUCGACUGCCAGACUAGCAGUUGCAUUCACUUCCUCUUGAGAAGCUCCAAGCAGUGGAUUGACUUCAACCAUGUCUACAGCUGAAAGCAUUCCUGCAAGAAUGAUUUACAGCUUUGUUACUGGGAAAAGGGUAAAAUCUCUAGUAGGGUUUCUUUUGCAGCCUUUCAGUCAUUGCAGCAAGUCUGAUAUUCAAGCUUGUGACCUACUCUACCCCUUAGAGCAGCAAAAUUUGCCCUCAAGUGAGGGAUGAGGUUAUCAUUCUUAAAUGCAAGUUUGUGGGUUUAAUUUGGUUCUUUCUUACAUCAUCACUACCUCAUUCAUGCUUUUAGCAUUCAGGAAAAACAAGUUUGAUGUUUCAUACACACUUAGGACACGAAUGGGUUUUAAUCUUUUUUUCUCCCAGUCCAAAAAUUAGGGGAUAUAGAAUAGUCUCACCUGCUAUUCAUUUGCUACCUUGUUCAUGAUUCUGUUGACUCUUGUCUGGGCAGCUUUAUUUCCUGAUUGCUUUUUUUUUCCCCUUUUAUUGCAAGUAACUCAUUAUUUAAAUACAUGAAAUAAAACCUCCAUGGCGUAAGAAGGAAAGCACUUAUAUGUUGAGUCAACUGCAGCAUACGUAAUGAAAGCUCGAAUUGUCAGCCUCCAUUCCUAGAAUGGAGCUUUGAACUGUUUAAAAUCAUGUGCAUCCAUUUUUGUAUUCCAGAUGCCCAGUUUAACAUCUUGCCUUAUGUAUUUAGGUGACAGUAUUGUACGAGAUGACAAAGUCAUUUUUGACAGUAGUUAUAAAUACGUUGUGUAUUUUAUUUCCUUUUCGUAAGGUGAAGUUGAUGGUGAUUAAGCUGCUUCCAACACCUGGGGCACUGCCCAACCCUAGGACUACUGCUUCCCUGACUGGAGGCUGAAUUGACUUUGUAGGCACCCUGGCUUUCACUGCAUGUAUCUCACUGUCUACUGACACAGGAAAAACAUAACCAACAUGAAUGAACUCUAUGGAGUUCGUCCUGACCUUGCUUAGUCCACUACUGCUGAUCAACUCCUACCUGUGUUGUGUAUUUCCUCUGCGAUGUACAUGCCUUCUCUGUAAGUUAAUCCACCUAGGACAGGAGUCCCAGUUGCUGGAGCCAGUGAGGGAUCGAAAGCAUCAAUGUCAAAACUCAGGUGAAUUGGUCUCUGCCUCCUGAAGCAGAAUAAAACAAGAAAAGCAACCUCAGAACCUUAAACGUUUUUCUAUUUCUUACUGUCCAGGCUCAUUAGCAAAGUAGCAUCGUGCUCCAUGAUGCUGAAGGUCCUCCCCACGUCCUGCACCACAUCUUGUAUACAUUUGCAAAAAAUUUACUUUUUUUUAGUAUAUUUGGACUCUGAAACAUCUCUUAGCUCAGAACUUUCCCUAGUACAUGGUAGGAAAGCAGAAGUUUGUCUUUCUAGUUUCACUGAGCAUCCACUCAGGUGUAAUUUGGCUGGAGACAAGUACUUUAUUUCUAAGUAUCUUAUCUGGUAUUUGCCUCAUUAGUUGGAAAAAUGUAGAGAAAUGUCUGGUAUAAUGCAGCCUUUCUCCUUCUGUACAGAAAGCCAGGGUGAAAGGCUGAAACAGUGAUUCACAUGGCAACUAGAAUGGAGGAAGUGCCAAGCGUGAGGAUUUCCUACCCUAUCAGGAUAAAUAUUCCUAGCUCAUCGGGAUAGCUGGGGCAUUCUGCACCUUUCCGGUCAAUAGUUGAAGGCUGCCUCCAAACUCUGCCAUGUCAGCCUACCUGAUGAAAAAGGGAAGGAUAUUCUCAAACCUACAAUGUUAGUUACUGACUACAUGAAGUCUGGCAACUGCUGACUAUAAUACCACUAUAAGUCUACCACUUAAAUUGGUGCUGCUUGUCAAUUUAAGUGGUAGACUGUGUACUUCCAACUUGGUGCAGAUGCUCAGUAGGGACAAGCAUCUGGAUUAGCAACUUCUUCACUUGGCAGAGCUGCAGCUAGGAAGGGUGAGCACACCUUUAGGUACAACAGUGUGCAGCACAAACACAUGGACCUUGCUCUGCUUACAGGACUUUGUUCUACGCUGUGGGGAGAGUUUACCCUUUCUAACUCUGAUCCUCUCCAUGUGUCCCUAGAUGAGCAGGAUUUGCUCCCUGAUCUGGUUCCUUGACUUAAACAAGGUUAGCCAAGACUUGGGAACUCAACUUAAGUAAGGAAGUGGUUACAGUGAACCUCAGAAGCUGAACUGAAAGUGGCAGUUUUCAUCAGGACAGCACAUGUGAGCACAGUCUAGGGAGGAAGCCACCAAAUGCUUCUGUCUCAUGUAGAACUACCUCAUGUAGUUAGCUGUACUAUCAGCUGAAUUCAAGUCACUGUCAAGUUGCUACAGACCUAUUUUUAAAAGUAUGAUGUAUAGCCUGGACUCUGAGUUGAUUCAAACAUCUUGUCAAACUGCAGCAAAAUGCAGAAUAAAGCAGAGCCACAGCUAUAGUGUAACCCGUCUCACAGCUUUUUGCCAAACGCCAUGAAAUGGUUCUAGUUCAAGAUGUGGAAACUGAGGACUAAAGUCAGUGCUAAGACCUCACUAUUUACUGCACACAAUCACAGUUCUGUUAGGCCACCUUACAUCAAGAGUAAGGCCUUACUUUCAGGAAAGUAGAUACUCAACAAUGGAUGAUGAGUAGUUUAAAUCAGAUAAUAGUUUGUUACCUGCCCAUAAGUUGUUCAAAUGUUCUUUCCAUAACCUUCUGAAUUCCAAGGCGAUCAAUAUCCCUCAUGGAAAAAUACUGGAUGUCAUAGUUCUUCAAAAUAUAGCUGUUAAAAUAGUAAUAGUAAAAAAAAUCAUUACUGGCCUAAGCUUAAGCCCGGCAACCCUUGUGAACAGCCACAUGUGGAAAGAAGCUCAUGAUUUCAGCCUGAGCAAAAAUCCUUUAACAAAACUUACUAUUCAGCAGGAUCCACAUCCCUCAAACCAAUGUACACUAUAUCAGAAGCUGAAAGGCAGGGCUUUAGCCAGGAAAAGCCAGGAAGCUGUGGUACCUGCAAGCAAAGGUUUAGUAUUAGGUUAAUGACAUGCAAAACAGAAUUGUAUAUUUAAUGCUUCCCUCAAAACUUUGUAUUUAUUUAUAGCAUCCGUUCACUGUCUCAACAGAGAAACUUCAUCACUUGAGAGGUUGGCUUCCUGAUUUAAUCAGUCCUUACCUUUGUUAUACCAUUUUACCUUAGUUCAGUGUUAAUGGAUGAAGAUUUUAACUCUUCUACAUUUUCCGGUUUGAAGAGGAAUAAAAAGCCCAAAGCCACAAGUAGUAGGUAAUUAGCAGCAGUGAGUGUAAGGGGGGAUGGUAAUAAACUAGAUAUACCCAGAUGUAAAUACAGUGCAUUUAAUGGUAAUGCUAUGUAACUUACCCAGCACAUCGUGCUGAAGUGGAAGAAUAAAAUCAAGGUGCUUCUGUCUUUUUAGGAGAAUCACCAAAAAGUCAUGCAAACUUUGUUACAAAACCAUGUUAAAGAUGGACAAAUUUGAAGUGGGUAGUUGCUGGGGACGGGGGGUGGGAAGAGCAUGACGGGAAGUUGGACCUCGGCAUUGUGCUACAUUAUGACUGGUUUUUAGUGUAGAGCUGAAGAGAGCAGGUUUAGGACAGCAAAUGGAAGAUGAUGAGGUCAUAAUUUUCAGCUUUGGUAAUAAAGUAGUCAUGAGAUGCAAUUAUAAGAAUCCUUCAGUUAGCAAUAGCUACUCAUUUUAGGACUGCUUUAAAUUAAUUCGAAUUUCUCUUCUUCCUCUCCCAGCUCUGAAAAUGGCCACAGCCAACACAGCUGUCAAGCAGCAAGAAGGCUGUUUCCCUUUUAUACUUAAUUACUAAUUACAUUGUAGUUACAACAUUCAGAUUUGGUUUUGAAGGCUAACACACCCAUAGCUAUAUUUAAUUAUGUUGGGAUUAAAUAAGCACGUAUUAUAGAAGUAUUUGUUACUCUGGGACAAUGACCUGAAACUCUUCUGCAGUCAUGGAUUCGGAAGAGGGAUAAAUGAAUUGGAGACCACUAGGAAAAAUAAUUCACGUCUCAGAAAUGAAGCUGUAUCUGCAAAACCUAUCACCAUACCAUAAGCUGAGCAUAGUAUUGAUAAUAUUGUCAGUAUCGAUGAUUUAGCAGAUUUAAUCCUGCCAUUUUUAAUUCUACCUCUUCCUCUUUAAAUAAAGAAAAUGGAAUGCCUUAA